CCCAGUGGUCAGUUGAGAGCCACCCUUGAACAGGUCAGGAGACACCAGGCUCUCUCUCGAGCUGGGCCUGUUCAGGGACUGCAGGCAAGGCUGGGCAGUACGAAGCUGAGAACUGCCUGCUCACAACCAUGGCAGCGGCCGCACCACGAGCCCGGACAGGUGGCAAGAGGGGCAAGGAUGAGAGAAGAGGGUUUAAAGGCUACAAGUGGGAAUUCAGAGACAGCAAUAAAGACUUCUGGGCGCAGGGACACGCAGAGAGCAAGUCUCUGAUUAUGAUCUGCAUCAUUGCUGCACUGGUCUGUUUUGAGAGAGUGGCCACUCAUCCAAUCGUGGUCCUGCUGCUUACGAUGGAACUGUCGAUCUGUGCUUUCUUCUUCUUCCUCUACUCCUUAGCCAUCAACAGAUACAUUCCCUUUGUCUUCUGGCCUAUGAUGGACCUGAUAAACGACCUGGCCUGUUGCGCAUUCCUCAUAGGUGGUAUAAUCUUUGCUCUUGAAGCGAGACGAGAAUUGCCAAUGCCCUACUUAUCUGGUAUGAUCCUCAUGGGCGUUGCAGCAUUUAUAAGUAUCAUUGACCUGUGUCUUCAGAGGAGACAAUUUAAAAGCAGGAAGCUUCGAAAGUUUAUUCUACUUGCCCCAGACAGAAAAGGGAAGAUGCAGGACCCAAAACUCCUUUUAAUGCUGGCCGCCAAAGAGGAUGAGGAGGAAAGACAAAGGGAACUGGCGGAGAAAGCGAAGAGGGAGGAGAUGGACCCUGGAUGGUGACUGCGCAAGCCGCACCUGUGGUCAGGGACAGCUGCGAACUCUGUGGCCAGGCCUUGCUAUUCUCUCCCUUUGCCAGAUUUCCAGCAGAGUUCUCCAUCAAUAAAGACAUCCGGGAAAA